CCCAUAUUUAAACCCUAAACCUCAUCUAAAUAGUAUGCCUUCUGCAUCUCCCUCAACCUGCUCUCAAAACCCUGGAUUUUUUUCUUCAAAUUUGUGAGAUUUUUAUCUUUUCUUUUCGGAUUUUUAGAGGCGGAGAGCAUCAAUGGAUUCUCAGGUCAUGGUUGCUCUUGGUCUGUCACUUGUGGGCGGAGCGAGUACUUCUAUAGGUGCACUUGUUGUAAUUCUUAAUGAGACUCCCAACCUGAAGAUGCUUGGGCUUUUACAGGGAUUUGCUGCAGGUCUCAUGCUGAGCAUAUCUUUCCUAGAUUUGGCUCAUAAUGCUUUGAACUCCAUCGGCUUCUUAAAAGGAAACCUUUGGUUCUUUGCGGGUGUCGUUUUCUUUGCUGUUGUGGUUGGUUUUAUCCCAGAGCCAACACUUGCUCCCAGUUCAGAUGUGAAAAAUAAGAAGAAAAAUGGGGUUGAAGGGCAACAGGACACUAUGAAAAAACAUCGGCGCCAAGUUUUAUUCAGUGGAAUUAUCACAGCAGUAGGCAUAAGCUUGCACAAUUUUCCCGAGGGAAUGGCUGUGUUCCUUGGAUCAAUGAAGGGCCUUCGGGUUGGACUAAACUUGGCACUGGCCAUUGCUUUGCACAACAUCCCAGAGGGUGUUGCUGUUGCACUUCCUGUUUAUUUUGCAACACAGAGCAAAUGGCAGGCCUUCAAACUGGCAACUCUUUCUGGCUUUGCUGAGCCCCUGGGUGUUAUAAUUGUAGCCUAUCUGUUCCCAAGCAGCUUGAAUCCAGAAAUUCUUGAGGGCCUGUUAGGAUCAGUUGGUGGAGUGAUGGCUUUUCUUACCUUGCAUGAAAUGCUGCCAUUGGCAUUUGACUAUGCUGGGCCAAAGCAAGCUGUCAAGGCAGUCUUCUUUGGAAUGGCUUUCAUGUCUGCAAGCCUUUAUUUUCUUGAAAUCAGCUUACCCAAAGAUAUGAGCUUGUAGCUAUUGGGGGAACUGCCAGUGUUUCACAAUGUUGUACAUUCCUGGAACCAUCAUAACAGGGCUGCUAAUGGUACUUGGCUGCAGCAUAUUUCCUGUUAACCUUCUUGCAAUCUCUCCCCAUCAUAUCCCAAAAGCUGAGAAGAUAUGGCUUCCUUGGAUAGCAGCUGUUUGUUAUCACCCAUGGAAAAACUAUGUACUUUUAUCGCACUUUCAAUGGAUAAACCGAAAUAUGUUUAGCUUUUACAGAAAA